ACCAUGUCGACUCGUUUGUAUCCUAUAUACCAGCGGGGUAAUCCCCAGCUAAGGAUAUUCCUUCCAAACUUUUGGAUGAAGCUGCUCAAGCCGACCCAUCCGAUUCCAUCAAAUGCUGUGCAAUUCAUGGUGUCACCAGAGAUGACCAAACAUGAUGUAAAGCAAUACUUGGAGAAAAUCUACAAUGUACCGGUAGUGGAAGUUAACAUCGCCAAUAAAAUGGGAAAAUUACGAAGAACCGAUAAAGGCUACAUCGUCAAAGAUGAUGAUCUGAAGUAUGCCUUCGUCACACUGCCGAAGGACAUGACGUUCGAGUUCCCGAAUCUGAUGUCUGAAGAGAAGAAGCAGGAGCGAUCUGAUCAGAUGAAGGAGAUCGAGCGCGUCAAGGACACCUACAAGAAGGACCAGGACCGGUUCAAAGACAGACCAGGAGUGCCCACCUGGUUCAACUAGUCAUUAGCACAGUGUAUUGUAUGAAUCACUGAAAGGGUCGUGUGUCCAUUGGGUUUGGUGUCUGUAUGCGGGAGGAGGUGGGGGGGGGGGGAGUACGUUUAUGUGCUGGAUGAUUGUCAUUAUCGUGCGCUAUGUGGGUCUUGGUGCAUUGUUAUGAAUAUUAAUCUGUUUUGUACCAUA